AGAAAGAGGCAGAGAGAGGGAGUGAGAGAGAUGUAGAGAGAGAGGGAGGUAGAGGAAAACAGAGGAAGGGGCGAAAGAGGUAGAGAGAGGGAGUGAGAGAGAGGUAUGGUGAGUUAGAGGUAGAGAGAGAGAGAGCAAGGUGUCAGUGCUCAGUCAUGGGAGCGGACGCUGAUGUCCGCGACACAGCGCGUCCUGCGCUCCGUGCGUCAGACAUGGGCUCGGACUGUGAAAGUUACUACAGCAAGGAGAACGUGUUCGUGGAGGUAUUCACGUGUCCGAGAGCGGACAAUGACUCCACGGCUCUUUACUGCUGCGGCUUCAGUGACCUGAAAUACUGUUGUGACGACCCCAACAGCUUCUUCCCAUACGAGUAUGGAUACAUGUGGUGGUUGAGUGUCGGAGCUCUGGUGGGUCUCUCUGUAGCAGCCCUGGUUCUUCUUGCCUUCAUCAUCACCCUGUGUGUACUCUGCUAUCUGUUCAUCACCACCAAACCCAGAGGGCUGGAUAAUGGGCUGCCUCUUCGAGCACCAGGUUCUUCAUCGAGUCCACACGGACCAGGACCGAGUCAUAACAGCGCAGCUUCUGGACCUCAAGGCCUCAGGAAACACUUCCUGAGGGGCAAGCUGGACUGUGACAACCAGCCGCCAGACCCCGACCGCCUUUUCCAGCGUUGUUUCAUGGCUACUGUGACAUCCAUCACUGUUGAGGGUCCUGCAUAGACUCGUCGACUAUUUAACUUUAGGAGCAGCUACUUUUACUUUGAUUCUUUUUACUAUCCUCAUUCUACCGAAGGCUAAAAUUGGUUGGAAUUCAGAAUGUCACAUAUUCUUAAAAAAAUGAACAUUUGAAAAAGAAUCAAUGUAAACCUUGAGAAAACAAAUUGUAGUAUCGUAUAUUCUAUGUAGCCGAGAGGUCGAUGAUGUUGUAGAAGUUGUUGAUGAUGAAGAAUGGACUCCGAGUACCUAGUACCUUCAGUAAAACAAAGUUUAUUACACAGAAGUUUCACAGGUCAGGACGGGCAUCUAGAAACCCGGAGACAUCACACAGCCAAAUGGUGAAAAUCUGACUUGCAGGGGUCUUACACACAGUUAUAUAGGGACAUUGGUUCCUCCCAUGACUUACUAAAUAAGGGCAUGUUUAUGUGUCCGAACAUAUAGACACAUUGGUCAAAAACAUUCUAUCCACCAGCUGGUCAAGACAACUCCCUAGGUCAAAGGCCAUCCCAAAAGGUAGAGUGCAAAUAAGAUAAACAUCUGGAGGACUCUCUGAGAAUGUCUGAGUGUCCAGAGGAUAGACAUCAUAAAUGUUAACCUGUCAUUAUGUGUUUUAAGCAUAUACCAACAUGUUUUACUCUAACGAAUACACAACAGUAGCAGAGAAACAAGAUGUGACCUUGAUUGCUUGAUUCAGUCUUUUGCAGCUUAAGCGACCCACAUUUUCCAGUUGAAAUCUCCCAUUUUUUUGUUGCUAGUCCGCAUCAUGAAAGCAGGUGUGAUGGGCUUUGAAUUGCAUUUUGGUAAAUCUGCAGUAAAUGGUCUACCAUGUGAUAUAAUCUUUUAAGAUUGACAUUCUCUAAAGUAUAUUGUUGUUAUCAUCUGUUGUUCUUGAAUUUAAUUAUCUCUAAACCUGAAAGAAAAAUAUGCAGGAUUUAUUCACCUCAAAUUAGUUUUUCAAAUGAGAUCCAUUGAGGAAUAACCUCAGCAUGUUGAACAAUGAAUAAUCACUGAUGCAGAUGUUUUUGAUAAACAAUAAAAACAUCUGCAUCUA